CAUGAAUAAUAAGUCAUCAACCUUGGAAACCCAUCAAACACAAUAUUCCAUCUUACUUACUUGCAGAUUAUCAUUUGAUGAAUGUCUAGUCAUUCAAUCAGUUCCUCAUGUCUAUCUACAGAAAAUCUUUCCACUCACAGUCAAAGAUAUUCUCUAUCCCUUUUCAUCUUCGGAAACCUCUCUCUCCUGCUCACUCUCCCACCAUCAAAUUAUCAAUCAGUGCACCAACAAUGUCCACUUCCAACCAAGAAAUAGUCCUCAAAAAGCAAAUUGAACUUCUUCAAAAGAAAUACACCGCAUGUGAUAUUGCAGAUGCUCUUGUCAAGCUCAAAGUACCAGGUGCUGGUUUCCUUCCCGACCUCAAACCUGCCUUUACUUCAACAUCUGAAUCUUUCAACAUAAUUACUAUUGCUCCUGUUUCAACCGUUAUUUUUGCCGCAAAGAAUAGCACAGAUCUCUCCAAUUACCCCGCCGCAAAUGUUCCCACUGAUAAGCACUGGGUCGAUCUCACCGUGUCUGACUCGAUCGUGAUUAUCAGUCAACCCGAGGGACAAAAGAAUGCGGUGCUAGGUGGAAUCAUGGCGAUGAGGGCCAAAGUUCUUGGCGCCAAAGGUGUGGUUGUUAGUGGAAGGGUCAGAGAUCUUCAAGAGUUAGAGGCUAUUGGAUUACCUAUUUGGUCCCGUGGCACAUCAAUUGUUGGGGCUGGUGCUGAAUCCAAGCCUCAUGCUGUUCAAGUGGCGUUGAAAAUUGAUGGCACAGACAUUCAUCCUGGAGAUCUAGCAUUUUGUGAUCCGGAUAAUGGCGUUGUUAUCAUUCCACAAGGAAAGAUAGCCGAUGUCGUUUCCAUUCUACCAGAUCUUGUUGCAGCAGAUGAACGUGUAAAAGAAGAAGUCAUGAAAGGAAUGUCGGCCCAAGAAGCAUUCAAGAAGCAUCGAAGAUGAUAGUCCGUUGAAGUUGCAUACUUAAGUCAUUUUGGUUGCUAUGUUUUAUCGUACAGUUUUGUCUUUGGUUGCCAUGAUGCCACACAGAUAUAAAGGCAACUGGGCUGCAUUGUCAGACAACCUCGCGGCGUUUGGUCUAGCUACUUUCACGAUAGUAUCUUAGAAGUAUAGAAUCCAUACGAUAGCCUCAUCUGAAGAUGGAAGUUGAGGGAAUAUAGCUCGUAGUAAAGACUACGAUCUUUCUAACACGUGUACUGAGUAAGCUCCUGCACAGAGUCGUCCCUGAUAAAGCUGGUCAUUUUCCCACUUCCAUUUUAACCCUUCAAUGUUCUCAAGUCUUUAUCAUACCAUUGAAUCCUAAUUGUGGAAAGAGACAAGGAUAUACAAUAGAGCUUUGCUCGAUUAGUAGAACAUCGAAAGUCUUGAGCAGGGAGAGCUUCGCGAAUAUGAAGCCGAUUAGAAGAAGAUAGCUGAUGUACUUGCUGC